CUCUGCUGUGGGUCUUUCAUUUUUGCUGCGUUAAUUUGUUGAAAUGGAGAAAGAAAUUUGUCUCGGACUUCUAAUUCCUGUUUUGUUAUUCGGGAGCUCCACAACGACUUCCUCUCCUACUCAGAAUGUUGUGGUUUUGUUAGCCGACGAUGCCGGCUUUGAGAUGGGAGCCUACUUGAACAAAUACUGCCAAACGCCCAAUCUUGAUGCUCUAGCUAAGUGGGGACUGUUGUUUAACAACGCCUUCACCUCAGUUAGCAGCUGUUCCCCCAGCCGUGCUCAGCUGCUGACUGGCCAGGCGAGUCACUCGAGCGGCAUGUACGGUCUACACCAGGGGGUGCACAAUUUCAACGUACUACCAGCGGUCAACUCUCUGCCGAAUGUGCUGCGGGAACAGAGCAACGGACACAUUCUGAGCGGCAUCAUUGGCAAGAAGCAUGUGGGGGCGGCGGCCAACUUUCAGUUUGACUUUGAACAAACGGAGGAGCAGCACUCCAUUAACCAGAUCGGCCGCAAUAUUACCAAAAUAAAGGAGUACACUAAAGAAUUUUUGGAUCGUGCUAAGCGUGAGGGCAGACCAUUCUUUUUGCUGGUAGCCUUUCAUGACCCCCAUCGUUGCGGGCACAUCACGCCGCAGUACGGCGAGUUUUGUGAGCGUUGGGGCAGUGGCGAAGAGGGCAUGGGCUCAAUUCCGGAUUGGAAGCCCAUAUACUAUGACUGGCGGAAUUUAGAAGUGCCCCCCUAUCUGCCGGAUACGGACGUGGUACGCCAGGAGCUGGCCGCACAGUAUAUGACCACCUCAAGACUGGAUCAGGGCGUGGGUCUCGUUUUAAACGAGCUACAAAAGUCGGGCUUUUCCGAUGAGACUCUGGUCAUCUAUACAUCAGAUAAUGGUACUCCUUUCCCCAGUGGACGGACCAAUUUAUAUGAGCCCGGCAUUAGAGAACCGUUGAUCAUUAGCUCGCCACAGCCAAAUACCCGACGUCAUGACACAACAGGGGCUAUGGCCAGCCUGCUGGAUAUUUACCCGACCAUCCUGGAUGUUUUUCGCAUUCGGAUACAGAACGACACACGUUUGACCGGCAAAUCCUUGCUUCCGGUGCUGGAAAAAGAGCCGACGCCGAACGAUCGCGAUACUGUGUUUGGCAGCCAAAACUAUCACGAAGUGACUAUGGCCUAUCCAAUGCGGAUGGUACGGAAUCGCUGCUACAAGCUGAUACACAAUCUGAACUAUUGGAGCUACUUCCCCAUCGAUCAAGAUUUCUACACCUCGCCCACAUUCCAGCAGAUCCUCAAUGCCACAAUCAACAAGCAACCCCUGCCUUGGUAUAAAACGCUGCUACAGUAUUACAAACGGCCCGAAUGGGAGUUAUAUGAUAUAAAGGCUGAUGCCCUGGAACGCUUCAAUCUCGUGAGCAAAUCUCAGUACAGUGGUACUCUCAAGCAACUGCGGCAACAGCUCUACAAGUGGCAGAUAGAUACCGAGGAUCCUUGGCGUUGUGCCCCUCAUGCAGUCCUGCAGGCACAAGGUGUUUUCAAAAACGAUCCUGUGUGCCUGACUUUGGGACACGAAGCUCUGUACAAACCACCAAAAGUAUUGGGACAUUACGAGCAUUACGUAAUUUCCCAAUAAGUAGCGGCGCCCAACACAUACAUUACGAAAAUGUAUUAAUGCUUUUGCAAUAAAAAAUCAUGUCCUUUCUAAUAAAUCUCCUAUAAAUAUAACACACAUAUUCAUAUUUAAAUAUGUUGAGGUAAUUUGUAUCACACACAAUAGGUGGAAACUUGCCUUGAUUAUAGUAAAUAAUGCAGCUAAAAACUCUGCCAUCUGUCGCAUCCGGCAGGGACGUGCGUUCGAUACGAUCAGUCGUUAAGGUUUUCGGUUCCAAAACAAUAAUAGAAAAUUUCAAUGAACUCUGUAUGGAGUGUUUAGAAAUGCUCCUGAGCAAUUAAUAAAGAUAAUCAAUAAAGCUGAUA